AUGGCGUUGGAAGGUGGGCGAACGAAUAUGCGUUUAUGCAAAGGGUUAACAUCUAACGUCAUCGCAGAAGUUUUGAAUGACUCAGAGUUCGAUUAUUCUGGAGAUGAUACAGAUGAAGAUUCAGAGUUUCAUCCACCAGAAAUCAAUCAAACUAUCCGUGAUCAUGCUCAAAGCGAAUCCAGUAGUUCGAGCGAGGAUGAAGAUGAUUAUGUUACUUCGGUGGCUUCUCCGACAGUGUCAGACAACUCAGACUCACCUUCAACUUCGUCAUACUUAUUACGAGCAAGAGGAAGUGCAAGGAGAACAUCUCACAGGCAGAGUUGUGGUCGUAGCCGUGGUAGAGGUGAAAGCUCACAGUUAAUAUCCCCUCGACAAAUAGCUAUAAGAACUCGACAAUAUAACGCAGGAAUUCAAGAUACUUGGGUACACGAGACACUAGAUUCAAAAAUUAAUAGUUUGAUGCAACCUGCUUACAUCAAUAAAAGUUCUAACGAAUGGGAGUGGUACCAGUUUUAUGAGCAAUACGUAGAUGAUGAUAUUUUAAACUGCAUAGUAACAUGCACCAAUAGGACACAAGUAUUAGAGACCGGCACUAUUAUGAAGAAUAGAAUCCCGAAAAACUCUGUAUUAACUGAUGAAAAUACGUUUAAAAAGAGAGCGAGAGGAAGUAACGAAGUAAAAGUUAGAUAA